GAGUAUGUUAUUAGUGUUGUGGUAUUUUCCUAAAAAUGGUAAAGCUAAAAUGAAACUGUAAUCAUCGACAUGUAAACCUUGUUCAUUGUAAACGUUAAAAGGUUAUUUCACUUCUAUUAAUUUUUAGUCACCUUUAAUUUUUCAAACACAAGCAACAGACUUAGAAGUUAGAUUUUUGAUGAUGUUGAGAAUCGGCAGUAAGAAGGACAUGAACAGGGAGUACUCGUGUACCAUUAGGCUCAUCGAUGAUAACGAAGUAAUCGAAUGCGCAUUUCGGCGAGACCACAAAGGUCAAUAUCUUCUGGAUUAUGUAUGCAGUACCCUAAACCUAGUGGAAAAAGACUACUUUGGGCUUCGAUAUGUAGAUCUUUCUAGACAGCGGCACUGGUUGGACACAGGCCGAUCUAUUCUAAAGCAAGUCAAAGGCUUGCAGACGAUAAUUUUCUUUUUUCGAGUCAAGUUUUAUCCACCAGAACCUCACCAAUUGAAAGAAGAGAUCACUCGAUACCAGAUCUUUCUCCAGCUUCGUCGAGAUCUCCUUCAUGGACGACUUUACUCAUCACAAGAUGAUUCUGCUCAGUUAGCUGGCUAUAUUGUUCAGUCGGAGUUAGGGGACUAUGAUCCAGAUGAACACAGUGGUAACUAUGUAGCAGACUUCAAGCUUCUUCUGAAACAGACAGCUCGCCUUGAAGAGAAAGUAGCUGAAAUUCAUCAGUGUCACUUACGUGGCCAGGUUCCAGCUGUGGCAGAGAUAAACUUUUUACAAAAAGCUUGUGUUUUGGAUGCUUAUGGAGUUGAUCCUCACCCUGUCAAGGAUCCAAAAGGAAAUCAGAUGUACUUGGGAAUUAAUCAUGCUGGCAUCUCAACUUUUGUGGGUAGUCAAAAAACCCAUCACUUUAAAUGGCAGGAUAUUCAGCGAAUAAACUUUGAAGGCAAGAUGUUCAUCAUCCAUCUUCUCUUGAAUGAGGAUGCUAGGAAAAAGAGGAAACAUUUAAUUGGAUUUAAAUGCCCAACUCAAGCAGCUUGUAAACAUUUGUGGAAAUGUGCUUUAGAACAACGCUACUUCUUUAUGGUAAAGUCCUCAGCUGAAGUUCCAGCAGUUACUACUGGAGGAGGUCUGUUUUCUAGAGGGUCAAAGUUUAGAUACAGUGGUCGGGUUGAGAAAGAAGUGGUAGAGCUAAUGAAAAACCUUCAGCGAGACCCUCCCCAAUUUCAAAGAAGUAUGCGUUCCUCAUCAUUUCACCAGCAAAGUGAAUCAUAUCCAACAACCCCAGCCACUUUAUGUGCAGAAUAUGAAACUGAUUUUUCUGACAUCCACUACCUGAACAACUCAGCUCCAUUGACAGAAAAUAUGGAUUCCUUUACCUCAACAGACUCCUCCAGCUAUAAGUGCAUCAACCAUUCCACACAGAAUACUGAAAGUCUGAGUGGUCUGACUCUACCAGAACAUGAAGAAGCCCCCAUCCCUCUGCUUGAGGAGCCUGAAAAUCAACGGAUUGAACAGUUGGAGGACAAAAUAUCUGAGGAAUCUCAAAACCUUAAUGAGGAUAACCAGCAGGAUGAGCUGGAGAUAACUUUUCCUUCAUGUCAAACUUCAACUUCACAAACUGGUGAGAAACUUGAACAGAAGCCUCACAAUGAAUAUGUUGAGGAAGUGUAUGCUCUAUCUAAAACACAACAGGCAGAAAAAAGCAUCCAACAAGAUCUUAUAAUUCCCCAGCAGACAAAAUGUCAAAGUAACCAACAAUUUCUUUCUCAUUCAGUAAAUGUGGUAAGAGUAACCAUCCUAGCCUUCCUUUUUAUAAUCCUGCUUUUGUGGUGUUUACUUAUUGUAGUAAUGGAAUCAGACUCUGCUAUUUUUAGUGAAGUACGUAUGUUGCCAGCACUGGUAAUGUUACGACGAGAGUACUAUGAACCAGCCAAAGAUUUUAUUAUCUACUGUUUAAUGUUCCUAUUUUGAUUGUUGUUUUCAUACCCAGUGUUUUAACAUGCUUGCUGUAUUUUUUUAUUUUAUUUUUACACAAAAAUAUAUUGAGCUUGUAGAACUAAAAUCAUUUUUUAAAUUAGGUUUUUGCUACUUGUGACUGUAUGUGCUAUUGUUUUAAAACAAUUUUUAUCCUGUUUUCAUUAUUGAUAUUGAAAUUUAAGUAUAGCUAUUUUCUUCUUAUCCCACUUGGAAAACUAAUAAUUGCUAUAAUUAAUAUAGAACUAAACAAUUAAGCCAGUUUGCUUCAAACAACAAGUUGGGUAUUGCUAUCUAUUAAAAAUUUAAAAAAAGAGUUUUCUCUUUCUGUAAAGCACAUAAGAGAUGAUUUAAUGUAGUACUUCCUCUAAGUGAUCUUUAAAAACUUUAUUUAUUGUGCUGAUAACAGCUGGGAAGUUUUCCAAUCUAUCUUUAUUCCAUUGUUUUAGGUAAAACUUUUACUUUAUGGUGCUGAAUCUACAACAUUUUAAUCAGUAAUAUGUUUCAGACAAAUAUUUUAUCACACUGUUAGAAAUUAGUUUGCUCCUUUUUUUCCAUAUUUUAAGAUUAAAAAGUUUGUGUAGGUUUGCAAUACAAUGAUUUAUUUGUAUUCAAAAUUAAGUUAGUGAGCUGUAUUUACUGUUUUUAUUUUUUUUGAAUUAAAGGAAUAUAUAUUUUAUAUGCUAUUUGUUGUUAGCCAGCAGAUGGGACCACUUAAAAAAACAUUAGGAGUACAAUAGGCAAUUUCUAGGUUUACUUUUGACUAGAAAGAACCAGUGUAAUUAGGAUGUCUUUUUUUUUUUUUUAUCCCAUGUAAAAUUGAUGAAAAAAUACAUUGGAAUGUCAUAUUAUUUAAACCUUCUGGAACAAGAUAGUUUUGUAUAGAGUGAACAUUGUUUGUUUAUGCUGAUUUUUGUUAAGAUGAAUUUAUUAGAUUGUUUUUUUGUUUUUGGUAUAACAUAUAUGCACACAAAUAUAGCUGAAAAUAUCAAAGCAGCAUUUGGAAAGACCACUAUCUCUUAAUGAUUUCCUUUAAGCUUUUCACCCAUGAAUGGAGUUUUAAAAGUACUGAAAAAAAUUGUCAGUUCUGGGAUAGUCAUCUUUGCAUGAACCUCUAGAGAAACCUUUUUAAUACUAAACUCUUAUUAAAUUUGUGGCGAGAAAGUAAAUCAGUUGUUAUUUCAAUGUUGGUGAUGAUUAUUUUUUGAGGAAACAUUAACAGUAAGUUCAAGUUUACUUGUUUUCAUUUGACCAAUUAGUUCUUAAAAAGAAUGAAUAUUGUUUGUUUGUUUUUUUGUGAUGAGGUAUUCCUCAUGUGAUUCAAUAUUUUAUAUAAAUGUCUUAGAAAAGUAUUACAUUUUUACUUCAGAAGUAUUAUUCUUUAUCUUUGACUAACAAUUUGGCAUGAUUCGAAUAAAUUUGGUGUUAAAUCAGUAGUAUAAGGUAAUAAUUGAAAUAUUUCAUGUAUAAACGUUUUACAGAUUUCAGAAAUUAUGCUUGGAUGGCAAUCUUAUAGGAGAGUUAUCAAAAUAUCAGAAGUGAGAAAAUUUUAUUUAAACGUAUAUAUAAUAGUUUUUGACAUUUUGGUUUAAAGGAGAGUUGAAUUCUUUGCCAAGAACUUAUUUUCUCUGGUCAUGUGCAAUAGAUGCAAACUCUAAAACUUGUAGCUGUCAUUAAGGUCAACUAUCAGUAGAUCAUACAAUAAAAUUAUGAUUAUUGUAAUACAAUAGCCUCUAGCUAAAAUUGUACAUUGCUAUUGAUCUUGAUAAAAUUAGGAAUUAUGAUUUAGGCUAUAUUUUUUUCGUGGUAGAAAAACUUAUUUCACAGCAUUAGUAAGAAGGGAUGUAUUUCACAGUUAAACAGAACAUUAACUAUGUGAAAAAUAAUUAAUAAAAAAUAUAUAAAGAUAGUUGUAGGUGUUUUUUUGUCAAUAUUAUCGAAUUUCUCUAUAUUCACGUUUGAUUUUGCAAGAAAAGGUUACUCACUACUGUAACUUCUAAUAAUUACACAAA